AUACUAGGAAUUAUGUGCUCGUAUACUGAUAUUGUUUACAAAGAUCUCUUGUUUACAUAUGAUCGGUUCUUUAUGCUUAACACCUUAGGAUAUAUUUUAUUUUCAUAUCAUACCAUUCUUUAUGCUCAUAUGCUGUUGUUGUUCACAUAUGUUUGUUAACGUAAUCACUUUUCAUAUCAUUCCUAAAGAAAACAAAUUAAUUCCUAAAGAAAACAAUAUAUACAUAUUAUCAGUUUUUUCAUUUACCCUUUAAAUUUAUUUAUCAUUUUUUAACCUAAAAAAUUCGUGAGACAGUUUGAGAUUGAUGUCUUUGGGAUUAGUUGGUCUAUGGAUUUGAUAUUGAGUUUUCAAAAAAGAAAAAUUUGAGUUAUUUGAAAUUAAUUUUAAUCCAUAUAAUACUUUGAAAUCUUGAAAGUAUUUGUUAUGAAUCCAUUGAAAUCUUGUGUUUAAAAUCCUGAUUGUAAAAAGUAUUUUAAAAAAGUCUAUUAAACUCUCACAAAAUCAACAUAAUCUCACAAAAUCUUUUAAAUGUUCGAGAUUUUUUUGGAUCAUCACUCUUUUUAUUCCUUUUUCUUUCAAAAAUCAACACACAUAAACAACACCAUAACUAGAUCUAAUCUCAGUUUCAAUUUAUAGAGAAUUGAAUAUUCUCUCGCUCUCAUUUUCUCUGUACCCAUCUAUGCACACCUCUGUCGGUGAACUCGAUCGUUGAUGCGUUUAACCAUCUCUUCUCGAUUCCAUCCAUUAUCAUAAUCAGAUCUAAGUGAGCGAGCGAGCGAGCGAGAGAAGAUGUUAACGAAGUUUGAGACGAAAAGUAACAGAGUUAAGGGAUUGAGUUUCCAUAGCAAAAGACCAUGGAUACUUGCGAGUCUUCACAGUGGUGUGAUCCAGCUAUGGGAUUAUCGAAUGGGAACGUUAAUUGAUAGAUUUGAUGAACAUGAUGGACCUGUUAGAGGCGUUCAUUUUCACAAUUCUCAACCGCUUUUUGUAUCUGGAGGGGAUGAUUACAAGAUCAAGGUCUGGAACUAUAAGAUGCAUAGGUGUUUGUUCACUCUUCUAGGACACCUUGAUUACAUUCGUACUGUGCAAUUUCAUCAUGAGAACCCAUGGAUUGUGAGUGCCAGUGAUGAUCAAACCAUUCGCAUCUGGAACUGGCAGUCACGUACCUGUAUAUCUGUUUUAACUGGGCACAACCACUAUGUUAUGUGUGCUUCAUUCCAUCCUAAGGAGGAUAUUGUUGUGUCAGCCUCCCUGGAUCAGACUGUUCGUGUUUGGGAUAUUGGUUCUCUCAAAAGGAAGGCUGGACCUCCUUCCGAUGAUAUUUUGCGAUUGAGUCAGAUGAACACCGAUCUUUUUGGUGGUGUCGAUGCCGUUGUUAAGUACGUGUUGGAAGGUCAUGACCGAGGUGUUAACUGGGCUGCUUUUCAUCCUACACUGCCUCUUAUUGUCUCAGGAGCUGAUGACCGUCAAGUGAAACUUUGGAGGAUGAAUGAUACUAAGGCAUGGGAAGUGGAUACUUUGAGAGGUCACAUGAAUAAUGUUUCAUGUGUUAUGUUCCAUGCCAAACAGGACAUCAUUGUGUCCAAUUCUGAGGAUAAAAGUAUUCGAGUAUGGGAUGCAACAAAGAGGACUGGAAUUCAAACAUUCCGCAGGGAACAUGAUCGAUUUUGGAUUCUCUCAACGCAUCCUGAAAUGAAUCUGUUGGCAGCUGGCCAUGACAGUGGCAUGAUAGUCUUCAAGCUGGAGAGGGAAAGGCCUGCCUUUGCAGUUAGUGGUGAUUCCUUGUUCUACACAAAGGACCGCUUUUUGCGGUUCUAUGAAUUUUCAACACAGAGAGAGACACAAGUGCUUACUAUUCGGAGACCUGGUUCUUUAAGCCUGAAUCAAAGUCCUAAGACUCUUUCCUAUAGUCCUACUGAAAAUGCAAUUCUUCUCUGUUCUGAUGUGGAUGGUGGAUCUUAUGAGUUGUACUGCAUACCCAAAGAUAGCACAAUUAAGGACAGUUUUGGUAGGGGUGAUAUGCAAGAACCAAAGAAAGGUCUUGGAGGAUCAGCAGUCUUUGUGGGUAGGAAUAAGUUUGCCGUGCUUGAAAAAAGCAGCAACCAAGUACUAUUUAAAAACCUGAAGAAUGAGCUUGGAAAAAAAAUUGUGCUUCCGAUUGCCACCGAUGCUAUAUUCUAUUCUGGGGCAAACAGCUUGCUUUGUAGGUCUGAGGAUAGGGUGUUUAUAUUUGAACAUCAGCAGAGGGUCGUUGCUGGGGAUCUUCAGACCCCUUUCAUCAAGUAUGUAGUCUGGUCUAAUGACAUGGAAAGUGUUGCUUUACUCAGCAAACAUGCAAUUGUCAUUGCUAACAAGAAGCUGGUGCAUCAGUGCACCCUCCAUGAGACAAUUCGUGUAAAGAGUGGAGCCUGGGAUGACCAUGGCAUUUUUAUUUACACAACAUUAAAUCAUAUCAAAUACUGCCUCCCAAAUGGAGACAGUGGGAUAAUAAAAACACUGGACGUCCCAAUUUAUAUCACAAAGGUUGUUGGCAAUACCAUCUUCUGCUUGGGUCGGGAUGGGAAAAACAAAGCUAUAACCGUUGAUGCUACAGAGUAUAUCUUUAAGCUUUCCUUGUUGAAGAAAAGAUAUGACCAUGUUAUGAACAUGAUAAGGAAUUCACAACUUUGUGGGCAAGCUAUGAUUGCUUAUCUACAACAGAAAGGAUUUCCUGAGGUUGCCCUCCAUUUUGUGAAAGAUGAGAGAAUUCGGUUCAAUUUGGCUUUAGAGAGUGGGAACAUUCAAAUUGCAGUUGCAUCAGCUACAGCAAUUGAUGAGAAAGAUCACUGGUACCGAUUGGGAGUUGAAGCUCUUCGACAAGGCAAUGCUGGUAUAGUAGAGUAUGCAUAUCAGAGGACCAAAAAUUUUGAGAGAUUAUCUUUCCUUUAUCUCAUCACUGGUAAUGUUGAGAAACUUUCAAAGAUGUUGAAAAUUGCUGAAGUCAAGAAUGAUGUCAUGGGCCAGUUUCACAAUGCCUUAUAUAUGGGUGAUAUUCGAGAGCGUGUUAAGAUCUUGGAGAAUGUGGGCCAUUUGCCUCUUGCUUAUAUAACUGCAUCAACCCAUGGGCUACACGACAUUGCUGAAAGGCUUGCAGCUGAAUUGGGGGAUAAUGUUCCAUCUUUGCCCGAGGGGAAAGUACCAUCUCUCUUGAUACCUCCAUCACCUGUACUGUGCUGUGGUGAUUGGCCCCUUCUUAGGGUCAUGCGAGGCAUAUUUGAUGGUGGGUUUAGCAACGCCGAACAAGAUGCUGACGAUGAUGAGCUUGUGGAUGCUGCAGGUGAUUGGGAGGGGCUCGAUGACAUGGUUGAUGGAUUUCAAAAUGGAGAUGUUACUGGAAUUUUGGAAGAUGUAGAGGGGGCCGAAGAUGGCGAUGAAGAGGGUGGGUGGGAGCUGGAAGAUUUAGAACUCCCCCCUGAAGCUGACACUCCAAAAGCUUCUGUCAGUACGCGGUCUUCAGUUUUUGUGGCCCCAACACCUGGGAUGGCAGUUAGUCAGAUAUGGACUCAGAGAUCAUCUCUUGCUGCUGAUCAUGCAGCUGCUGGCAAUUUUGAUACUGCUAUGAGAUUACUCAACAGGCAGCUUGGAAUAAAAAACUUUGCCCCCUUGAGAUCCAUGUUCCUAGAUCUCCAUUCUGCCAGUCACUCUUAUCUGCGCGCCUUUUCAUCUGCUCCAGUUGUACCCCUUGCUGUUGAAAGGGGUUGGACUGAGUCGUCUAGUCCAAAUGUGAGAGGCCCACCGGCACUUCCUUUCAAAUUGUCUCAAUUAGAUGAAAAGCUCAAAGCUGGUUAUAAGUCAACAACCGCUGGGAAAUUCACUGACGCUCUCCGUACAUUUGUCAAUAUUCUCCAUACAAUUCCUCUGAUUGUCGUUGAGUCAAGGAGGGAAGUGGAUGAUGUAAAGGAAUUGAUAAUCAUAGUCAAAGAGUAUGUUCUUGCUCUGCAGAUGGAACUGAAAAGAAGGGAAAUAAAGGACAAUCCAGCACGCCAACAGGAACUUGCAGCAUAUUUCACUCACUGCAAUCUUCAGACACCUCACUUGAGGCUAGCUUUAUUGAAUGCAAUGACUGUCUGCUACAAAGCAAAGAAUCUUGCCACAGCUGCUAACUUUGCCAGGAGACUACUUGAGACCAAUCCUAGCAUUGAAAACCAAGCUAAGACAGCAAGGCAAGUGCUUGCAGCUGCAGAAAGGAAUAUGACUGAUGCCACAGAGUUGAACUAUGAUUUCCGAAACCCAUUUGUAAUUUGUGGGGCAACCUAUGUGCCCAUUUAUCGUGGACAGAAGGAUGUAUCUUGCCCAUACUGUACUUCCCGUUUUGUACCAACCCAGGAGGGGCAGCUAUGCACUGUGUGUGAACUUUCAGUGGUGGGUGCAGAUGCUUCUGGAUUGCUCUGUUCUCCUUCACAGAUUCGUUGAUGAACUUUUGGAUCAGGAGCGGUUAAUGAUAAUUUUUGUUUCAGGUCAUCUUCCAACACAAGAUUAAAGUCGUAUUGAUCAAUUCAUAUAUUUUCUCUAGAAUCUAGAAAUAGUCGAGAGUUACUGUUCUUGAGUGAAUUUCUUUGUUUUUCUUUAUAUUAUUUUCCGUGGUCUACUUUCUAAUACUUUUUGCCCCCUUUGCCCAGUAUAAGAGGAAGGGGGAAAAGAAGCCUAUGAAUAUUUCGUGCAAGUGAAGUUUUCACCUAUUAUUUUGAAUUCAUUUUUUUUUUAGUUUGAGUUGUUAAUCGCUACAUUUUGAAUCUUUAAUAAAGCAUUUAUACAUGGAUACUUUAUUUUUUUUUCAGUAAAUGUGUAGGAUUGCCUGUGCAUUAUAGCUCAUGUUUAUAUCAAGCUCGAUUCAUUAAUUGCACUUUGCACAUCUUUGAUAACUCUGAUUGUCGGAACAUAGAUCAUCUUCUUUCAUUGAUAUCUCUUUUCAUUCUCUUAAUCAUCUUUCUCGUUUGAAAAUAUAUUUUCUGUUGGAGAGGCUGCAUGGAGUGAGAGCAUCUGUUUCCCUAUUACUAUGUGUGUAAACAAAAUUGGAUCCUCUCCUCUUAUCUCUCCAUGGAGAGAAAAGAGAAGAUCUAAAUCCGAGUGUAUACACUGAUUGAGGGAGUAAAAAAAUGGAAAAUGCUAUUUAUUAAGAAUUUUUCGAUGCAAGAAAGAAAAGAAUAUUAUGUGAUAACAUUUAACACUCAUAAAUUAUAAUCACUUUUUCUCCCAUACUUACAAGUAAUUUUUUCUGAAGCCAACAUGUUUUAGUUCGAGAACAUUUUGAAGGCAUCUACAUUUAUGUAUGAGUGAGGAUAACAGUUUGAAUUCUUAUUAUUAUCAUGGGGCUGCAGGUAUUCUUUCACAAAGGCUUUCUGCAUAGCAUUCUUGAUGACUUUCUUUUCUGUAUUUGAUGUUCCUGUCUUCUGGCCAAUAUUACUCUGUUACUGGUUUGUUCUGUUUGUCCUGACAAUGAGGCGCCAAAUCGCACACAUGAUCAAAUAAGAUAUAUUCCAUUCAGCUUGAGAAAACAUGUGUUUACUUUUAAUGCGUAGAUUGCCUUUGAUCAUUUACCCUGUUAGAUGUUUGUUCAUUAAAAGUCCAGCAGAAGCAAGAUUUGCUUGGUUUGUUUCAUUUGCAUGAAAGUAAUAAUCUAUCUGUUUUAACUUAUUGCAGAAGUACGGUGGCAAGAAAUCUUAUGGAAGUAGCAGCGGUGGCUCUCGUGCAGACUGAAGUUCUACUGUCUCAUGAUUUGAAGAACACAGAUCUCAAAGUUAGGUUUUGUGGGCAUUCGGGGCACUUGUUUUUCCCCCUGUUAUUUGAAGGAAUUUGUAGUCAGAGUAUUAAGGAUCCCAAUAUGCAGUUACAGAAAAUAUUUGUUUUAUGGUUUUAUGAUACCAGAAGACAUGCUAAUACUGGCAGUAAACUUCAUUGUUGAUAUACGUCAGUAUUUGAUUCAGUUUUAGAUUUAUUGCAGUUCUAGUAUUGCACUAUCUUGAUCUUAGGACAAACUUCACAUAGAACCUUGAUUUUUCUGCUGUUCAGGAUAUGUCUAUGCCUUUGAAGUUUCCGCA